GUUGCUUGACCUUGAGAACUAUUUGAAGAGUUCCCAAAUAAAGCUUCAUGGAACGGACUGUGAAGUUGCAGUAUACCUUAUCUUAGAAAUGUCUAGAUGUAAUAGUAAAGUGACUCUCACCAGAUGUCAGAAGUUCUUCAGCUGGUUCCCGGUUGUCUUUAUUCUCUUGAUAGUUGGAUGGUCAUAUUAUGCGUACGUAUAUUCCCUAUGCAUAGUCCAAGUCACCUCUGUAUCAGCGAAAGUAUGUUAUCUCGUAUUCUUUCAUCUGUUUCUCUUGAUGUUUUGUUGGUCCUAUGUGAAAGCUAUCGUGACCCCUCCUAUAAGACCCCCUAAACAAUUUCAUUUAACCAGUAGUGAAUGGGAGACAUUGAAUAACACAGCUGGAACGGGUGUUAAUGGCAAUGUAAUACUAGAGACAAUAGUAUCAGAUCGUAAUCUUCCAGUUUAUCUUGCUGGCCCAGACGGAGGAAUUCGUAUAUGCAAUAUAUGUGCAUUAAUCAAACCUGAUCGAGCUCAUCACUGUUCUGCUUGUGGAUUGUGUUUGCUAAAAAUGGAUCACCACUGUCCUUGGACGAAUAAUUGUGUUGGGUUUCAUAAUCAUAAGUACUUUAUUGUCUUUUUAUCAUGGGGUGUGAUAUACUGCUUUUAUAUCGUUUGCACGUCAGCAUCAUAUUUUGCAGAAUUUUGGACAUCUGCAAACAAUUUCUCGGUUGACCGAUUUCAAGUUCUGUUCGUUUUUAUUGUGGCUGUUAUGUUUGGUCUUUGUCAGCUUGGCUUAUGCGCAUAUCAUUUGUAUCUAGUUGGAGUUAAUCAAUCCACGUUAGAAACUUUCCAUCCUCCAAGACUACGUGGUGGACAACCAGAUAAGUAUUUGUUUAAUUUGGGAGUGAAACAAAAUUUUCAAGAAACAUUUGGAUCACGGUUUAUAUUAGCCAUGCUGCCUGUAUUCACCACGUAAGUCCAGCUGUUAAGUUAGACAAAUAUAUUUUAUUUACUAACAUUACUAGUAAUUUGUCUAUUUAUCUUCAUCCUAGUGAUUAUCGACAGCAGUAAUUGAUUUGAAUUACUGUCAUGUUCCGCAACCUCGGUGUUUAGAAUUACGUAUACCUGGGGGCCUGUUUAAAGCAAAAGCACAAUGUUUAACUACUGAAAUAUGUUUUGCUUGCUUAGUCUCCAUAAAACAAAAUAAGUUAUUAGGCAGUUUGCGGAUAUCCACUUUCUCGAACGGUGUCUGUGGUGGUCUGCGAGUUUGUGUAGUAUAUCUUCUCAUUACUUUCGGUGCUGGUUAUUUGUUUUUCAGCAUACUAGUACUGCUGUAAUUAUUAAAUAAUAAUGUCUUUUAAUUGAUUAUCUUCGUGAUGAUGGAUCUCCUCUUAGAGGGUAAUUAGCUGACGUGUUGUAUUUAGAUGACAUAGUCCUGUUGAAAAAAUGAUGGUGGGAUACAGAGUCUUUUGAUCGUUUCGAGUCCAAAAGUGAGUUUUCUGAUGUACUUUUCAUCUCCCAGAUAUAAAGGUCUAUUUCAUGACUAAUUGUUAUUAUUCACAAUACGUUGAGAUUAAAAUAGGGACGCACUAAUUGCGACUAUCGCUUCAUUAAGCCAAGCUCAUUAUAUGACAUCUACUUGUCUUCCCAGCCUGCAUUACUUAAACGAGAACAUACAACGACGUGAGCCGCACAGUACACUUCACGUAAUAGUGUAUGAUUCAGAAUAUCACCCACGUUGUGGAGAUGGUGUUAACUGGCGUUGGCGUUUGAACCAUUCUGUACAAAACAAUAACUUAGAAGCUGGUAAUGCGAGUUCACCUACGCCUUCAAUGACAAAAUUGCGCUGAUACAAAUUGAAAGAAGUGAAAAUAUAAGAAGUCACAAUUCGGAUUAUACUGCUGUAUCACACUCUCUAAUUGAUAUAUUUUUCUUCUAUCUACUUCAUUUUCUGAAAUACACUAUAUAUUGAUUUCAACAUACUUGAUACCUUUAUUUAUGCGUGUAUGCGUACAUCUGGUUUAUCAUGUCAAAAGAGCUUGAUGUUGUUAAAAGAAAGUACCUAACAGAUUUUAAAAAGUCUAUGAAUGUAUUUUAUGUCUCUCUGUUUCUUAUAUAUCACUCAUUUGUUUUCUUUUUGUGCAUGCCAGCCUACUUUCACAAGAGUAAGGUGAAUUUAGACUUAACAAUUAUCCCAAUACAAUUUACUGUUGCUGUUUAAAAUCUUCUAAAAUUAUCCUGAUUGCAGGAUUCUUUCAUCUCUGUUUUAUUCAGUCCCCAUCUAUGUUUGGUGUUCUUAAAUUUUUGUGUUUAAGCAUUUUUGAUUUUUCAGCUGAUAUCAUUUAUUGUAGGAGAGUUGUUGUUGACUUCAGAUGAUUCACGUACAUAUCCUUCUCUGCAGAUGAAAUCGUGGAGAAAACAGUGUAUCCAUUAUACACAAGGCUAUUACAAUUUACUAAUCAGUUUGCUUUUCAGUAAGAUCUAUUAUAAUAUCCACAAUUACAGAUAAGAUUUUAUUUUGAUAAAUCACACAGUGUUAUACAGUAAUAACACUGUAACACUGUGUGAUUUAUAAAAAUAAAAUAUUACCUAUAAUGGAGUUAUACUGUACCACAGUGGCCAAGUCUUAUACUUAUAUCAAUAUCCAUAAUUAUAUGAUAAUUUCUUCUUAGAAGGCUUUUGUCUUUGGGUGUAUUAUGUCAGCGUUUAUCGUGACAUAUUGAAUCUAAUUAACCAAGUUUGUUUAAGCUAUGCAUUACUUUUAAGGGUGUUUCAAUAUUUUUGUGCUUCAUCUAACGCUAAUCUUUUACUUUUUCAUAGUAUGUGGCACAAAAUCAAGUUAUUUUCACAUAAAUAUCAUAGAACACUUCGAUUCUGUCUAAUUGUAUUGGCAAAUGAGGUAUCUUUUCGUUAUUUUCCUGUCGCGUUUUGAUGUUUUUCAAAACAAUGUGUAUUUCGAUUUAGAACUCGAUGUUAGUUAACAUGUGAAUGUAAAAUCACUGAUCUGAAAGGCCGAAAUGAAACUGGUACAUGUUUAUAGCUGUACAACUUUGUUCCUUUUUAGAGGAAGUGAUCAGACAUUUAUAAACCACUUUCUAUGUGUUGUGUAUUAGACAAGUUCUUAUGUUCUAACAAAUUCUCAUAACUUGUCGUUAAAAUAGUAGACAUUAAACUCCUGGGCACCUUAUAUUCUGGAUGAAUAAACUUCUCUUCUUCACUACCUAAACUUCAGUCAUGCAGCCGGUUACUUAAUUAAUAUUAAUAUCUGUAGUUGUUGAAGCUGCUGCAGAUGGAAUGGUGUAGAUCUUCUAACCUUUUGUGGUUGUGAAAAAGACCGAUUUUCAAAGAAACCGUAUUACAUCUGAGUUGUUUUAUGUACACCAACAGUUACAUUGGAGUGAAAAUGAACUGUGUAUGUAUCUACAUCAAUACUCCGUAGCGAAUUUUGCACUAUACAACUCUUUUACAAGUAAUCUAAGCAGUUAAGUUUAUAUUUUUGAGUUGUGAUCGUACUUCUGGUUUUCCCAGUAUACCUGUUGAAUAAUUUGUGCAUGCACGAUGUUUGACUCUUUCGUGAUAUAACAAAUAUUUGUUUUUGUAAGCAAUCUUUCCCAAUAAGAGCUGCAUUAUUUUUAUCGAGGUUAGUCCUUUUUUUUCCAGCAGCUAUUAGAGACUUUCAAUUUUCAAUCAGAUUUCAUCCAUCAGGCUUAACUCUAACAUUUAACAUUUCUUUUAUAUUUAAUGGGCACGUAACCAAGAAAGUGUGUGUAUUGCCUCGU